AAGAGGAUAUUCUCACAGGAUGUGAUGGCUGCACGGCAGCCGGAGCCGGAGAGCGAUGUGGAGGGACGAGUCGGCCGAGGGUUGAGCUGAGCUGCUGCUGGUCUGCUGCUGGUCUGCGCUGCUCGUUAUCGAUCUGUAGGUGGGUGUGUGUGUGUGUGUGUGUGUGUGUGUGUGUGAAACUCUGAGGAUGUGAAAUCGAGAGGGUCAGGAGGUUCUGCAGAGUUUGUCAUCAGCUGUAAGUCAGAGCCAUGGCCACGUUCCAGCUGCUCUUCCCGCUGCUGCUGGUCAGCUGCGGGGCAUCCGCCAGUCCUGCCCGGCAACUCCCUCCAUGCCAAGUCGUCCAGAUGGAUGUGCUCUGCAGCGAUCUGAGCCUCAGGAGCGCACCGGUCAACCUUCCCCGCGGCGUCCAAAUGCUGGACCUCUCUCGUAACCAGGUGCAAAACCUCACCCGGGAAACUCUGGCGUUCCACACCGACUUCCGCCACCUCAAUCUUCGCUCGAACAAGAUCCACGCCAUCCAGCCGGGCCUCUUCAAAGACAUGACCGAUCUGAAAGUUCUGGAUCUGUCCAAGAAUCGCCUGAACGUUUUCGCUCUUUCCAAAGUCGGUGUCGGGCCUCUUACGACCGUGGAGUCACUCGAUCUUUCCAGCAACGGGCUCUACACGGGGAUGUCGGACUACUUCCUGGCGGAUUCUCCCUCACUGGCGAACCUUUCGCUGAACGGCAACAGCAUCACCAAAAUAGCACAAAACACCUUCAGUGGCUCUUUGUCCUUGAGAAGGAUCAGCCUCCACAACAACGUCAUCUUGGAGAUUGAAGACGGAGCUUUCGAAUGCCUGCAUCACCUGACCGAACUCGAUUUGUCCAAGAAUUCGAUCACGUGCAUCACGGACUUCAACCUAUACAAUUUAAAAGUGCUCAAUCUCAGCAAGAACAGCAUGGAGCUUUUCCAAAGUGCAUGCUCGACUCAUUUGUAUAACCUGUUACAUCUCGACCUGAGUGAAAACAAAAUUCUUUACUUUCCAUCUCUCCCCAGAGCCAACGUGCUCGAAUAUCUCGAUAUUUCACGCAACCACCUCCAGAGCGUCAACGUCUCGGGGAGUCCUGAGAAAAGGAAUAAUGUUUUUUUAAACCACCUUAAAUACCUGGACAUUAGUUACAACCAACUCCAGAGCGUCCCGGAGUCCUUCUUUUGCCUUAUGAGAUCACUCAAGGUCCUGAAUGUGAGCAAUAACUGUAUUGCCGAGUUUUCUCUCACUGUCGAAGGCCUUCUACCAACGGUGAAGAUUAUCAAUCUCAGCUACAAUUCACUGCGCAGUCUGACGUUUGGGGAAAACACUCUGCAGUCGCUGGAAAAGCUUUUCUUACAAGGAAACGACCUCACCACCCUGGACCAGCAAGUAUUUCAGAGACUUCCAAAUAUCAACUACCUGCAACUCCAGCAGAACAAUCUGGAAAUUUGUGACUCGCAGCAAAAUCAGUACGAACCGGCGCCGACGGACCAAAACCAAGAGGUUCCUCCCGGUUGUGUGUCCUUUUCUUCUGUUCGCAACUUGCACUUCCUGUACCUCUCUGAAAACGACCUGCAGCAUCUGCCUGCGAACGCAUUUGCCGACACGCCUCUGAAGUUACUGGACCUAUCGCUGAACCCGGGCUUGGACCUGGACAAGGACUCCCUCUCUGGCCUCGAGCACUCGCUGGUUCACCUCCUCCUGAGGGAAAACAACAUGUCCAGCCUCAACACAGAUCUGUCCUUGCUGUCGAGUCUCAAACACGUAGACCUGUCCACCAACCAGUUGACCUCCCUGCCCGAGUGGAACAAAGAGUCCUCCAUUGAGUCCUUAAACCUGCAGAACAACAACCUGGUCACCCUGGAGUACAGCACCAUGCUCGCUCUGGAGCACUCUCUGAAAACCCUCUACAUGGGCUCCAACCCCCUGAACUGCUGCAGCAACCUGGGCUUCCUCCACAUGGUCCAGCGCUCGGCCGUGGUCGUUCCCGACAUCGAGAUCGUGACCUGCGUUCACAAGGACUUCGCGGAGCCGGUCAACAUUGAGAAGUUGACCGCGGGAAUGUGUCACGGAUCGGGCACCUCCGCGUACGUUGUUGUCGGUGUCCUGGCGUUGUUGGUCGUGAUGGUCGCGUUGGGGCUCCUGGUGAGACGUCACCACGCAAGGAAACGAAAGCGCCACAGAAGCUUUAGCGCGUGACAUGAGUGAACGAUGCACAUGCAGGACCAUGAAGAAACUCACACUUGGAACUGAACAGAUACAAGUUGAAUGUAGUUGAGGAUGUGGUGUCACCCGAAGGACAGUUUAAAGGCCUUGACUUGACAUGGGUGUAACACUACAAUCUGAGUGAAUAAAUCCAGAUCUGGGAAACGUAGAAGAAGCUGAGUUGGGUUUUUGCAAAAAGCAACCACAACGGUUCAUCGAUGAAACACCUACAAAGUGAAAUGGACAAACGUAUUGAAACCAGAGCUUCUUAUGGAAAUUAGAUUCACUUUGUUCAGAACUGUUUUGCAUGGACUUCAACAAAGUUGAGAGGAAGUUGUUUCUGCGGAGUUCGUAGGAAUCAGUGACUUUAAGCUAAAACUGAAGGACACAACACUAUGAAACGUCAGGCAACAAAACGCUUGGAUGAUGAAGUAUGAUGAGAUGAAGAAGCACUUGCAGGCUGAGAGUCAGUCAGGAUGUUUUCUUAUUUUUAAACAGUCCAAACCGUCCUCGAACUUUUAUGUAGUUUGCACUUUAUAUUUGCCUUUGACUUGUUGUUUAUCUUGUUCUAUAUCUGUUAACACUAAGAAAUGAAUAAUACUAAAAUUUCGAGCUGAGUGUAUGUUGAUAUAAUUUAUUUUUUUUACUUUAAAGACUAAGCUGGAUAUUUGUACUGAUCCCAGACCUGUGCUGCUCCCACCAGACACAACAAGGAUGAAUUUGACGUGAAAAUGUUUUAAUACCCGUUUCGGGUGAAGUUAAAAAAACUGGCCUAAGCACUGACAUUAAUAACUGUAAUACUCUGAUACAGAAGUACAGUAUCGUAUUGUUUUGAAUGAAGAGAUGAAUAUAAACUCCAGCACUGUAUAACACUGGGAUCCACAGUUUCACACAAUUUUAUUUCUAAAAUCAUUAUUAUUGAUAUUAUCUACAAAUCAAUUGAAACGGUCCUGUGGUGUGAUUUCUUUUUUUUGUAAGCGAUGUCAGAUAUAAUUUUGUACCAAAUGAAAGACGUUUUCUACACUUUAAA